AGCGAGAACAGUGCGAAAAAUUCAGCGAAAGAUAGUCCAGACUGAGCUUCCUGACCCGAGUGCGUUUUGUAUAGGAAGUUGCCUCCAAGCGCCCCGACGUGCACGGAGAGGUGGGGAUUUUCUUUGCACAACUGCCCCGAAUUUGCACGACUGGGCGGCUGAAGUUUUGUGUGAUUGAGGACCGUCUCAGUUUUUAGUUUUUUAUCAGGGAGCAGCACCACACCACGUCGUGCCACACACGGGGAGGAGAGGAGAGAGGGCAGAAGUUUCCGCUGGCUUGUUGUGUCGCUGCGCGGCUGGUAAAUCCGUAGGAAUGUCGCAGAAGGAGAGACCCACUUUCUACCGACAGGAGCUCAACAAAACCGUGUGGGAGGUCCCGGAGCGGUACCAGAACUUAUCUCCCGUCGGCUCCGGUGCUUACGGAUCUGUAUGUUCGGUGUAUGAUGUGAAGACAUGCCUGAAGAUUGCAGUGAAGAAGUUGUCCAGACCCUUCCAGUCCAUCAUCCACGCAAAGAGAACCUACAGAGAGCUGCGGCUGCUCAAACACAUGAAGCACGAGAAUGUGAUUGGUCUAUUAGACGUUUUCACACCAGCGACAAGCUUAGAGGAGUUCAACGAUGUGUACUUGGUGACCCACCUAAUGGGUGCAGACCUCAACAACAUCGUCAAGUGCCAAAAGCUGACCGAUGACCACGUCCAGUUCCUCAUCUACCAGAUUCUCAGAGGCUUAAAGUACAUCCAUUCUGCAGAUAUCAUCCACCGAGACCUGAAGCCAAGUAAUCUGGCUGUGAAUGAAGACUGCGAGCUCAAGAUCCUGGACUUUGGUUUGGCACGGCACACGGAUGAUGAGAUGACGGGCUACGUAGCCACCCGGUGGUACCGAGCCCCGGAAAUCAUGCUCAACUGGAUGCACUACAACAUGACAGUGGAUAUCUGGUCAGUGGGCUGCAUCAUGGCCGAACUACUUACUGGACAGACGCUCUUCCCUGGCACAGACCGUAUCCUUCCACCGUUGGCAUUGCCAUGCAAAAACAUUGAUCAGUUGAAGCUUAUAAUGAUGCUCGUCGGAACCCCAGGGCCCGAGCUCUUGAUGAAAAGCUCUUCGGAGUCUGCAAGGAACUACAUUAACUCACUUCCCCACAUGCCCAAGAGGAACUUUGCUGAUGUGUUUAUUGGUGCCAACCCUCUUGCGGUGGACUUGCUGGAGAAAAUGCUGGUGCUGGACACAGACAAGCGAAUCACGGCUUCUGAGGCUCUGGCCCACCCGUACUUCGCUCAGUACCACGAUCCAGAUGACGAGCCUGAAGCAGAGCCUUACGACCAGAGCUUUGAAAGUCGCGAGCUGGAGAUUGAGGAAUGGAAGAGGUUAACCUAUGAGGAGGUACUCAGUUUUGAGCCGCCGUCGUUCGAUGGAGACGAGAUGGAAUCCUGAGGAGGAGGAGGAGGAGGAGCAGGAGGCACCUUUUCUUCCAUCUUUUUGUUUUCCAAGAAACACUCUUUAAGGACUAUGAGUCUCUUGUGACUAUCCACCACUUUCUACACGCACACACACACACGCACACGCACACACAAUCAUGACAUGCAAGUGCCUGCCGUAAUUCAUCUCUGGGGGACGUUGUUUUUAUCAGGGAUAAAACUCGACAUCCUGUUCCUUUUGUCCCCCACUUUGCUGUUUUCGUUACUCUGCAUCCCAAGGCGCCGAGGCAGACUUUAAAAUCUCCUCAUAUUUUUAGUGAGUUUUUACCUCAGAUAUUUAUUAUUUAUAUUGAUCCCCUCUUUGACUAAGAAAACUAGAAACUACAUGUCAGUCAGUAGGAACAAUGUAACUCCUAAUACGUAUUUUAUAAAACCACUUGGCAGUAAUUAAUAUUAUCGGAAAGGUUUGAUGGAAAGCUUUCAAGCGUCUAAAGUUUAUUUUUCACACAUUAAAAUUCAAUUUUAUUUCUGUCAUCACAUAGAAUUGUGUAAAUAUGACAAACCGUAUUUGUACAGAAGUACUUCAGACAAACUAGUUACCGUAUUUGUGUAAUAGUCAUAAUUGCUGAGUCACGGCUCAGCCGACCCCUUUGACAGUAUGAAUUUUAUUACUAGAGUUUAGCCUGAAAUGCCAUAUAAAAAGAUACAGUAUGUAAUUUAAUACAAGUAUGUCUAGGAUAGGCUUAAAUAUAAAAUAUUUACCUCUACAUGGAAAAUUCAAAGCUUCAUAUUUGUUGUUGGAUUUAAAGGCUUACAGUAUCCCUUUUUCUUUUACCAAAAUAUGAGUUCAUCCAUUUCACCUACUUAACAUUUGUUUAGUUCCUUCUCUUUUCUCCAUAUCAAUUCUUCUUCAAGCACUUCUGUUCUGCGGUUUCAGAGGAAUGUUACAGUCCCCAUUAUCACAACCUACACUUUUGCAUGAUAAAGUCAGAUUUGGCUUGUUAGUUUAUUGAAAUGUGAUGUUUCCCACCUCAACACCAACUGACAAUGUACUUUAAUCAUAUUGCAUUUACAAAACACAGUACUAUUAAUGUUUAUUGAAUGUUUGGGGCACCAGUCUGCCCUGUAUUUAUGAUCUUUUGUUAUGUUGUUUGUAUAUCGAUGUAAAGAGAAUAUUAUUUGUCAAAAUUUAAGGUUCUUUUUAUUAUUUAUGGAAAGCUUACUGUAUCAGAAACCAAACGUAUCGUCAAUCUCAAACGUCAGUUAAGCCGCGGUGACUACAGUUACCGCUUGUGUAUCAGAGCAAACAAUAUCAUCAAGAUGUUGCGGACAACCAUAUAGUUUUAAUUAGUUUGAUCAACUUUGCUCAUUUUGGAGUUAAUUUCUUUAGUUUAAAGCUGUUCUUGAACAUUAAGGUAUCUUAUUGUGUUCCCUGAGGUACUGCCCUCAAAGUAUCCUAUUUUUAAAAAGAAAAUUAAUAAAAAAAACAUCAAAGCCAAAAUAUAUAUUACAAGAUUUUGUAUUGACAUCAGAACCACUAAACCGUAGACUCCCUGUUCUGAAGUGUACUUCAAACAUUUAUUGACCAAAUGUUUUUUCUAUGUGAACUAUUUUAGGAGUCCGAUAACCUUGUGACAUACAAGCUAUAUCCUCAGUUACUCUGGCUAAUCUCAACCAAACAUCAGUGUCUUUACAAUUUCAUUUGCAACAGCUUGUUUUAAUGUAUCGCUUUUUCCUAUGUAUUAUUUUAUUCUUUGUGUGUUAAAUCAAGAUUUGAUGUUAUUCUGUGAUUCUUAUAAUAUUGAUUGUUUUUAUAGCAAUGCUAGAACUAUAUUUGUCAUUCAUUUAAAUAAUUUAGCAGGGCACAUGUUUGUAAGAAAGAGUGUACGUUUACUCACUGGAUGCUGAAGGGCAAUGCUGAAGCCUCGUUCUUUGUCGUUUUAAAACGACUUCAUACGUUAGAUAGGAUAUUUAUCUUUUCCAUAUCCAAAUGUCAGUAGUUAAUUUGGUUAUUGGUUAUGCUUUCUUUGCCUGAGAUGUGUUCAUAUCUUUUUAUUACUAUGUGCUUUAUCACAUGUACCAAGACAGCACGCCAACUGUAAAUACCACCAUUAGAAAAUAAAGGCUACUAUUUUUCAAACCUG